AUGAAAAUAAACAGUGAUAAGGAAGAAGAAGCAAAUGAGAAAAAUAUAGCUGAAGAAAGGAACGAUCGAAUGAUGGCUAUUCAAGAAGAUGCUUACAAUUGGAGAAAGUAUGGCCGGGAUUGGGAACACUAUAUUCACAAUAUUAAAAUGUUUAGAAAUGAAGAACAAAAUAGGGUUGUUAUCCCAGAAGAUGAUUACAAAUGGAUUAAAUGUGGACAACAGAAUAUUAAAAGAAUACAGAAGAAAAGAAGUUAUUUCAAAUGUGUUAACAAGAACUGUAAGGCGAGGAAGAAGGUGGAUUGGCCACCAAAUGAACCAAACAACAUAGAUAUAUCAUACGAAGGUGAUCAUAACCACAGAGCCUUAGCAACUGGUCAUUCAGAGAAUGAUGAAGCUGGAAUUGCAGCUAAUGAAGAUGAUUUAACUACUCUGACGUUAGGACCAACAAGGACUUAA